AUGCCGGGGGCCUCGCCGUCCAGGGCCACGGUGGUGGUGGCCGCCACGGGUGCCGAUGUACCGCCGAGGUUGUCGCGGGGUGCCGACGGGCACGGGUCGGAGCAGCUGGCUCCGGCGCCGCCGCCGCCUGUCCGGCCGGAUGUGAGGGCGAUCCCGUGCGUGGCGCCGACGCCGCUCGCGCUCGGGCCGUCCGGGCCGCUCGCGCCUAGGCCGUCCGGGCCUGGUUUGCACACCCCGCACGCCCGACCAAAUUCGCCGCCACGCCGCCUCCGCCCGCUCGAUCCGCCUCCACCCACCGCCGCCGCCGCUCGUCCGCCUCCUUCCGCGACAUGGUGCUCAAGCGCGGGCGCAGCCCGUCGUCUAGCCGUUCCCCGCCGCCCCACCACCGACGCGUCCGCCCCGCUCGCCGCGCCCUCCGGCCCUCGAGCCCUACAGGCCGCCGGCGCGGCGCUCGCCUCCGCGUCGCUCGCCCCCGCGUCGCUCGUCCCCGCGCCGGUCUUCACCCCGCAGGAGGUCCCCGGCGCCGUCACCGUCUCGCGAGGCAUGGACGCGAGGGCCGGGAUGGCGGGGGUUCCGAGGGCGGCCGGGCACGCGAUCCCGCACCACGCCACCAGGGGGCGGUUGCUGCUACUGCCGGUCGGGGCGGCUCGACGGGCCGGCGUGCCCCGUCUCCGGCUGCGACACGCAGGGAGGCGGCCCUGCGGACCGAGCUUGUGCAGCGCGCCCACCACCCUGCCAGAGACCAGGACCGUGAGGCUUCUUGGCGAGCGGACCGCGGCCGGUCGCCGCCUCGCCGCGAACAGCGCCGGGAUGAUCCGAUGCCCCUACCUGCUGGGCCUCCCGUGGCUAGGAAGAAGAAGAAGUCGAAGAAGAGAAGGGCCGUUGGGGGAGGCGCCGUGGGUGGGAGCCAGCUUGGGCACCUGCCUAUGGUUCCUCCGCAGGGACUGCCCCAGGGUGGCCGUACCGAUACUCAGCUGGCACUACUAG